CUACUAAAACUAAAUCUAAACAGGUGGACCCCCAAAGUUAGCACGGCCCUGGAGUAUUACUGUGUGGACCAGGGCGGAGACAGACGAGAGGCUGCGCUCACCAACACACACUGGCUACGUGCUCUCUGCUCACAACCUGUGGAGGAGAUUCUGAAUAAAUACAGGCGCAAGAAUGACGUGAGGCGUACUCAGAUGAUCUGGUCUAAGACCUUCACGACGCCUGGCGAGAGACUUCUUCUCAGCGCAUGGGACAACAACCCGGUCAGGGGGCGGAGCUAUGGCAUGUACUCAGCUCACGUGGGCGGGGCUAGGACGAAAGGGACGCCCAAGGGCAAGCCACGCCUCACCCGGAGCGAGCCACCAAUGAGCGGGGUACAUCAGGGCGGUCUCACACCGAGCACUAUCAGUCCAGGGAGGAGAGAAGGCGUUACCCCGGAUGUCACAGCCACGUCAGAGUACGGCGUUCCUCAUAACACGACCCCUGAACCCGACGCGAGGCUGUCUGGUGCAGUCGUGGGGCGGGGCAAAGUGGGUGGUUCUAAGACUGUCAGAGGUUUUCUUUUAGACACUUGCGGGGAAAACGACUCUCGCGUCAGCACGUACACGACCAGGUAUUUCAAGAAGACGGACGAGAAAGGCGAGGAAACGAUUUACACCAAAGUCUCGUGGGGACCCGAGCAGCUGCCACAGCUGAGCGCUCGCCAUAAAGUAGCCUCUAUGCUCAACAACUCACAGUUAAACAUCGAGCCACAAGCCCCGACCACAACACCGCCCCGAGGGCUGGACACAGAUGGUGAGAACCACCUCAACCGCGAAGACACAACACAAAACACCGAUGCAGCAGUUCGCGAAGACACAGACAAGCAGAACGCACUGCAGGAGGCCACGCCCCGGAACACCCCCUCAGCCAAUCAGGAAAUAGAAGACGAAAUAGCGAGUGUGGGUCCUACUUCAGGUCGUCAAGGAUUGUAAAAACUACUCCAGAGCAGAAAACCUCUCUUCAAAUCUGUUUCCAAAUCUAGAUUGGCAUGAGAGGCCACAAACUUCUUUACGUCAUCCCGAUUGGAGACAGAAGUUAAUGUGGAAAGCCAUUCUUUCACAUGACUUUAUUUGCAUUGAAAGCGGUGUCUGAAAUCAAAACAUUAGUGAAGACGACUGCUGUAAUUUUCGCUGUCGGAUCUCGGACAUUCAGUUGUGAUCACUCUUUAUUUAUACUAACUUUUUUGUUUGUCGGUUGUUG